UGUACGAACACAUUUAGAAACCGUGAAUAUCAUGACAGCUCUAUUUUCGUUAGCACUCUUACUCGUAGUGAGUGGAUGCAGCACAACUUCCAGCGUUUCUCCAAGUCCGGCAGCGGGCGGAGUGAAAUCCCUGGACCCUCCGGCCCUGGAAGCUUUCUUGGUUCCAUUCCGCGAGGUGAUUCUUCAGAAAGUGGCCGUGGAAUGGAACCAUACAAUCACGGACAGCGCCCGGCUCACGGUAGCACUCAACACAUGCAGCGACCAACUUAAGACGGCAGUAAACAGUUGUAAAUCCUGUGCUGAAAACACGUGCCGAACUCCCACAGAACAUCAAGCAAUUCAGCAAUCGGCGACGUUCAAAGAUUACCUAAAUCUGGCCGUGCAGCUCGUGAACCCCGUCAACUAUCUUAAGGGGCCCCUAAAUGAGGUCGGGGACAAGUUUGGGGACCUCGUUGACCUGCUGGGGACCGGAAGUAGCAGCUUUAUCGACUCCAUGGUCGGCCUGGGGAAUUCCGCCGGGGAAGCAUUCACUAGCGCGUUUCACGGUAUAGAGGGCGCUUACAACUCUGUGAAGGACACUCUGUCGUCCGUCGUUGGCACGGGUAUUGGCGGCAUCACGGAUAUCGGAAACACAGUCGGGGACGGGUUCUCCUCCGCCGGAAAUGCCAUCAAAGACGUGGGCAACACCAUUCUCCAUGGAAUCGGGAGCAUAUUUGGCCGGAAGAGGGCGACAGUAAACCCGGAAUUAUUGCGAUGUAUGCAACCGUGUUCCGUCUGCCAACCGCUCCUACUACCAACACACGACGAAACUGUCUCGUCCGUGUGUGGCGCGGAAGUGAUCAAGUUCAACCAGACGGUCAGGACAAACGUUCGGCUGAUCAAGAGCAUCUUCGCUGCUGUCUCCGACAAGCAACAUCCGGUCAUCGCUGAUAUAAAGUACGACCCUUCGUCCGCACAUGGUUUGACGUUCACGCGCAUUUACGUCACAGCGAACAUCGGCGGGCAAUACUUUCGGUAUCAGUCGAGUGUCGCUUACGACAUGGUCAAUGUCGGGUCGACAGCAGCUAAAGUGGCCGUGGAGUUUUGGCAGCUAUGGGAGCGCGCAUUGUCCGGAUCUGCGUAAAGAACAUUGCACGCAACCACUGACUCCAGACAAAAAUGGUCGUUUUAUAUAUUCUGUGUUAAAAUCGAUUGUAUGCUGUAUUUAUUUCAUCGGUGAAUAAAAGAAAAGCACCGCUA